CGGGCGGUACGGCACGGAUUCGAAAUACGGCUCGCCGUGGAAAAUCGGAAAAUCGCGAUCGAGUACCGCAUCGAGACAGGGAGAGAGAGAGUGACAAAAUAUAGAUCUGCGGUGGGGCAGACGACCGAGUGUGCAUAACAAAAGUGCAAUGGCGUAUCUGGCAGAGUAAACAAACAAAUACCGAUUGAGCAUUUCGCGCAUAAGAAGAGCACCGGCAUCGGGUCAAAAUGGACUUGGACAAGCCACCGCCGAAGCCCCGGAGGACUCGGACUCGGUCAGACGGCCGCCUUCACCAGUACGAGUCCUUGCCCACUGCCCCGCCAGCAAUGUGUGGUCGGACGGAGGAGAAUAUCUUUCAGUUUCCAGCUGUGGCUUCGCGGGCGCGCAAUCUAUCCGCCUCACCGAAAUUCGAGCGACGGGAAACCAAGGACCUUCCCGUGUGUCAGCUUGGCAAGCACUCAUGCUCCAAAUGCCUGCCCUACCGGGCAGAUCGCGCGACCAUUGAACCGCUCAAGACCCGUUUAAAUUCAGCUAUCGAGGCUAUGGAUGAACUGACUAAAACAUACGCUUUGCUGGAGGGAUUUCUGGAGCAACGGUUGUCCACCAUCAUGGACAACGAGGCUGGUGAACGCGAGGCAGAGCAGGAAGUGGGUGCAGGUGCGGUGGUGUUAGCGGAGGAUCUUCCCUCCACGAGUCAUAAAGCAAGGCACCGUCCACCCCCAAAACCAGCCACAUCUCCCACCGGUUCUCGAGAUACCGAAUUCCAGUUAGAACAUUCACUUACUUAUUUGGAAUCCUUGCUUGGAACGGAAGUAGUACCACCUUUUAAACAGGGAAAGUUCAAACGAAUUCGAGAGCGCAGCAAGUCCAUGAUGGAUGAAGACCUCAAUGUGUUUAUGAAAACAGAGCGUGUAACCAAAUCGGCAUCCUCCUCGCGUCCCUAUCUUCUGAGGCGGCAGAGCACCUACAGCGACAACAAGGCCAAGGUGUCUAAGUGGACUAAGGUGAAGGCUGCCUUUAAAUGGGAACGAGCCAAUGUUCCGCCCUCAGGACCAGGAGGACCAGAAAACAGUAUACUGAUGCCCCUUAAUCAUGAGGUGGAAAGGUACCUCAAAGUUCCGAUUACCGUGGCAGCCGGAAGCAGCUCCGCUGAUAGCAUCAUUAGUUCCUCCUCCGGCCACAUUGUCAGCGACACAGGUGGCACUCCGGGUACUAUGAGUUCGGCCAGUUCGAUGGAUGAUCUCGAAACAAGCAGUCGCCAUAACUUUCGUCGUGACUCAUCCAAAAGCGACACACGCUGCGACUCCCGAACCUCAAAUUACGAAGUGGAACUGCGCAAGUCCGCCACCGAUGAACGUCUGGACAAUAUUCGAUCCGCGGCGCCAGCGUUACCUGCCAAGUCCUCGUCCAGUAAGUCCUUGCGACGAUCUAAGGCUUUCUCAGAUUUUGAGGUGCUGCCAGAGGAUCAUGUGGCCGAAAUCAAGUCCACUAGUAGCAGGCGCCAGAAGCUGCCACCCAGCCCUCUGAAUCUCAACCAGGUCAACCAGAUGUGCAGUGAGCUGCCGCAGCUGCAUUCUCCCCUGAAGAGUCCCAAGGAAUCGCGAAUGCGUCGUGUCCACUCGCCGGGAAACUCUUCUGUGCCCAGCAGUCCUUCCAGGCACUCGGAUUUCUUUGGAGAAUUCGAGAGCGAAGACCUGUCCAGUGGCGAUUUCUCGGAGCCCACUACGCCAAAUCAUUCGGAGUUUAAGAACAAGCAAAGCGAGUUCGAGCGAUCCAGCGCCAAUAACCGUAGUGUUAAGCUGUGUUCUGGAACGACAGGUGGAGGAUCUGGGAGUGGCAAGCGCAGCAGUGAGGAGCACUCGCCUACCCAACUGCUGCACAGUGAGCUCAUGUCCACCGCCCAACUGGAGCAGAACCUCACGCCGCAGUUCAAGAAGAAGCUUCAUAAGUGGCGGGCCAAACAGCAAAGCUGUUCCCUGGCCGGGGCAUCCUACGCCUCCUCGGAGCCAGCGACCAGUCCCUCGGCCAAGAGUCUCAGUGGAGAGGCGAAGCCAAAGAUUGACUGGAACUUGUGGAGCACGGGUCAGGUGAAGUUGGAGGGCCAGGGCUUGUGUGCAUUGCCUGAUCAGAAGGAUUUGCCAGAGAAGUUUCAGAAGAAGUUGGAACAAUGGAAUCGUUUAAAGUGUGCUCCUGGCGGAGGAACCACUUCCGACACUGAUUCCUUGAAACGUGGUUCCAAACACAGUCAAUCCACAAGAAGAGGAUCCGACGAUGACAGAUGGUACAAGACCCGGCCACACGACAGGGAGAAAUUGUCGCGACUUAAGGCUAUCGUGGCUCCAGAUCAUUCUUCCAAAAAGAUCGAGGUCAAGACUUCAGAUGGUGAAGUGAUGAAGUUCGAGGGUAUUUCUAGAAAGUUUACCCGCAAACUUUACGAGUGGGAGAAGGCCAGGGGGAUAGGACCGGAGGCCUCGACCUUUGCUCUUCUCCAUCCUGGAUACUGCCCCAUCGAUGUACAUCGCAUAAAUAAGGAUUGCAAUAAGGCUGCGGCAGAGCACUCACCCACUCUGAGUCGAUCACUUUCACUGGACAGCGUCUCACCCAACUGCAAUCCGGCGCCUGCAAUCUCCCAGCAGGCCUCUUCCCUGUCCCUUAACGAUGUGAACGAUUUGAAGGAGAUCGAGGAUAGUACUGACGCCCUCACCGAUCACGAGUUCAAGAAGUACGAUGAACCGGAGGCAGUGAUGGUUGAGGUGGAGGAGCACAUCCAUGAUACCGCCUCGCCACUGGUCACAGCGCACACAUUGGUGGAGCAACAGACGCCCAUCUACAAGUACGAGGAAGUGCAGUGCAAUGACUAUGUAAAUUCGCGUCGCGUGCAAAGCUUCGAAUCGCACACGAAUUUGGCUCCAUUGCUGGGUGCACUGAAACGUGCCGAUGAACUGUUCGGAAACCUAAAGAAUGCGUCGCCGGACCUCAUGGAGCACCCCUCCACGCGGGACUGCCAGGCCGCAUUGCUGGGCAUUCGUAGCAUUUAUCCAUACUACUCCAAUAACCUGAUGAAGGCGGGCGUGCUCAAUGCCAUAUCGGAUGUGCAAAGCGAACUGGGUCGACUAGCCGAAUUGAGCGAAAAAGCACCGUUGGAUGAGGCCUGCUGCCAGGAGACAAUGCAGGAACGCAAUCUGGAGUAUCUGGAGGAGUUGCACGGCCUACUGGAAUCGCUGCAGUGCCUUAAGUUGGGCAUCCAGGGGGGCACCAAUCGUUUCCCACGCGACAUCGUCCCAGAUAUCAACAUCACCAGUGAGGAUGGUCAGCAGGUGGAUUCCAGUUCCGCCUACGCCACUUGUGAUAACUCUAGCCGGGAUCGCUUGGCCCUAGACGAUAACAGUGCCAGUAAUGCGUCGCCGAUGGAACAUGAAACGGAGACAAGUACCACCACUGGUACCCUCUGCCGAUCUAGUGCCCCAUUGGCUAGUUCCAACCCGAAUGGUAAUGCCAAUGGAAAUGCUUGUGCCAAGAAGAAGAUGCUGCGCCUUCGAAAGAUGGGAUCGCGACAGAACAGCAAGACGGAGAGCGACAGCAGUGAUGCGGAUGCUCAUUCCGUCCUGGAGACUCCGCGUCGAUUGCGUCGCAAAAACUUUCGGCUGAAGCAGCGCUCUUUAGAUGAUGAUUUCCGGCUGGGAUCGCCGACGAAUGAAGCGGAGAUUGCCACACCUAGAGAGGAAAUUGUAUACGGCUCACUAAAGGUCAAGCCAGGAGAGCUUAUCGAAUCGAGCCAAACGGUAGCUCAAGCACCAGAUCCUGCUCCAGCUACUGUGCCUGCUCCUUCUACAGUUCCUACUUCAUCUAUUGGUGCAAAGCCACUGACUGAAACUGUUCCAGAAAAAAAACCAGGUGGUUUUGUGCCUCCCCCCUUACCAGAGCCCAAGAGCAGAAACUACCACUCCAAUGGCAAUGUUUUUGUGAAAACCAAACGCAAACUGUUCACCACCAUACACAAGGCAAGCCACCAUGCCGCCGAAAGCGUUGCUGCAGUCGCUAAGGAACUAGACAGUCCGGUGGAGGAGAAGCCAGACAGGCUGGAGAAGUUUAAGAAACUUCCGCGGCUCCUUAGCCUCUACAAAUCCAUUAGUUUGGAAAGAAUCUCCUCGUUCCCCCACAAAGAACCGUUGCCCAAGUCUCAGAGCAGCGAUAACAUGGGCCGGGUAACUCUCCUGGUGCGUCCUCCCCUGGCAAGUGACAGCAUGCAGAAAUUAACAGAGUCCCGAUCACAAGCGGAGACAGCUAAUCCUCCAGUGCCCCCGAGAAAAGCUCAUCUCUACAAGAAGAAUUCUCUGCACAAGUCACACAGUGCCACUGUAACUAACAAGAUCGAACACAAGAUAGCCAAGACCAGCUCAGGAUCUACGUUCUCCAGGGCGCAUUCGCCUCCCCCGGCCCCGGCUCCUCUGAUUCUGCCCAAUCGGCAGGACAACACAUUGCCUCGAAUCCAACGGAAGCACCCCAACACUCCCACCAAGGCCAAACAGUUUGAAUUUCCCCCACCCCAGAUUCUGGCGCCCACCGAGCGUCCAGUUACACCCCUUUCGGAGCGGGCCAUACGCCUCCAGUUGGCCAAGGAGCAGUUCCUGCAGAGCGCUCCAGUCACUCCGCGCCAGGAACCCCUUACGCCUAAAUGUGAUCCCGUGGAUGCUGUUGUGCUCAAGAAAAGCAUCAGUGCGGGCAGCAUGCGCGGAGCUAGUGUUGCCCAGGAGUCGGAAUCACGGCAUCAAGAUGCAUCCACCGACCACGAGAGUGUGAGCACCUCCAGUGCCUACGAUAGCCUGCCGAGAAGAGUGAGUCGGAGCGCCAAGAUAUCUAGUAAACUGGGCUUUGCCACACUCACCUCGAAGUUGCGCCGGGGUCACAAGAAGCCUAAGGAUACGCCGCCACCCCCAGGACCUGGCAGCGCCCUUUCCGCCCUCUGCCGGCAAACCCUGAUGGCCGAUGUGAUCGCCAUUCCACAGGCAUUCGCCGGCGAGAAGCCACCGCCAAGUCCCACAAACCGAAACGUGCUCAAGUCCCAGAGCACGCCGCAAGCCGCCGGACCUCCAGCCGUGAACUUUGACGGAAUAAAUAAGUCCCUGAGUGAGCAGUAUGUCCGCCAGCUCAAGGAGAGCGAUGUCUAGUCGAUGAAACCCCAGUCUCAAGUCCAGAAUCUAGUCAUAGGAAUAAAUCUGAAGAGCCCUCUGAGGGUCGCCAAUAUUUAAAUGC